CGCAUAGCUUGAAUGCAGUACAUGGACUGUACCAACAAGAGAAGAAUACACUCACAAACAUGUUUUUCAAAGACCCACCUUUUCCUAAAUGUUUUACAUAUGUUGUUACUAUUGUCUGGGGGUUUGAUUAUGAUAGGCUUUAGUCUACUAAAAUGUAGCCAUUUAUUUUUUCGCAUAGUGUAUAUCCCCCACACCUCUCUGCUCGUGACACUGAAAACUCACCCCUCCUCUUCUCUGGUGAAAGCAAGGACCAGAGUCUAUGCUGAAGCCUUCACUGAGCCUAUUUGGCCAGCAGCAGCCACUGUUCCAGCCAAUGCCUCCUACACAUACCCUUGGACCCCCUCCACAGACCCUCGGACCCCCUCCACAGACCCUUGGACCCCCUCCACAGACCCUCGGACCCCCUCCACAGACCCUUGGACCCCCUCCACAGAUCCUCGGACCCCCUCCACAGACCCUAGGACCCCUCCACAGACCCUCGGACCCCCUCCACCAGUAGUAGUGACCCCGGAUCCCCACUGUUUCCCCCUCUCCAGUCCUCUGUCUGCCAAACCUCCCACUCACCUCCAGCUGGUGCAGGGGCCCCCCUGCCCUGUCCCACCUCCCACUGCCCAGGCGACCCUCAACAGCAGGCCCCAGGAGAAAGAUGCUCAGAUCGGGGCCACAGACCAGGACGCUACCUUGGAGGAGCUGUGUAAGCCUCUGUACUGCAAACUGUGCAACGUCACCCUCAACUCUGCUCAGCAGGCACAGGCCCACUACCAGGGAAAAAACCACAGUAAGAAGCUGAGAAAUUUCUAUGCAGGCAGCCAGCAGCCACCUGCCAUCAGGAUUCCGGAGGUAAUAGAGCCACUUUCCCAGCAGCUCCUCAUGACUCCACCAACUGACAGUGCAACUCCCAAACAGCCGGUGUCAUUCAUGGGUGCCAGCAGGGUGAUCUUAGCCACGGAGAACGACUACUGCAAGCUGUGUGAUGCCUCGUUCAGCUCCCCUGCUGUGGCUCAGGCACACUACCAGGGCAAGAACCAUGCCAAGAGACUGCGGCUGGCUGAGGCCCAGCAAAGCAGUAGCAUCCUAGAGUCGACGGAGUGUGUCCAGAGGCGUCCGAGGAAAGAGGGGAGCGAGUACAGGUUUAUCAAGAACCGUAGGACCCCACAGGUGCCUAUUGCCGUGCCAGGCCCCUACUACAACCCCCGGCCCAGGCAGAGGAUCCCCAGGGACCUGGCCAUGUGUGUGACGCCCAGCGGCCAGUUCUACUGCUCCAUGUGCAAUUCUGGGGCCAGCGAGGAGGCCGACUUCCGCCUUCACCUGGAGAGCAAACAGCACAAGAGCAAGGUGUCGGAGCAGCGCUACCGCAGCGAGAUGGAGAAUCUGGGCUACACUUAGGAGGGCAGUGCCACAGCACAGGGGAGGAGAGGGGAUGGAGGGUGAGGGAGGGGGAGACAACGACUAUCUUCAUCAUGCACUGUACGCUAGAGGCCAGUAGAAUGGGUAGAGACUAUGUUCUGCAGCAAACUAAAAUGUGUGGAAGAGGAGGGUACAUUUAUGUAAUUUAUAUACAUAAACCACUCUUCUACUCUUUUCCUUAAUGUGUAUAAUUUAUUGAUCUUCUGUUCCUGUUUUAGUUUGUUAAUGUAGUGUACAUAUUUGAAUGACAUUUCUAGAAAUAUUUUAAGGUGUGCACAGAAUGUCCACCUGCUGGUACACUUGUGGAUGUUUCACUCCUGCUUGAUUCUGUUUGCCUGUACUGACCCAAGCCUGUGUGUGAUUACCAUGCAUUUUGCAUCUCAGAUGAAACCAGGGAUUUGUCCAUAUUUCACACUGAAUUUGACCCAUAGUAGGCCUACAUGAAGAACCCACCAUGCUGUAGGGUAUAUUGGUGAAGAUUUUAUCUCACAAUCUGUUUUCUUUCCCCGGUUUAAACCUUGUUAUGACUAGGGCCAGGGACAAUAUCAGUAUUGCGAUACUUGUUAAUAGCUUGGCAAGGAAACAAAAAAUGAAGUGGGUUAAACUUCUUUAGGAAAACAACCCUAAUGUUGGAAACAAACAUCAUUAUGUUGUCAACCAGAGUCACAUUUAUUUAUUUCCAAGUUAUAGCACAUAAUAUUUUAUUUACGGCAGGUAAAUAAAAUAUUAUGAGUUUGGUCUGCUUUGUGUUUUCAUGUUUGCCACUGAAGAAAUAUCGCUAUACUGGUAUUGUCACAGCCCUAGUUAUUACCUGAGUUUUAGUAGCUGGACAUCUCUACACUACAGUAUAUGGACAUCCCUUCAAAUGAGUGGAUUCUGCUAUUUCAGCCACACCCAUUGCUGAC